AUGAAAGGUGAGGUUUUGAUUCAGAAGAGUGAUGGUAUUGGAGGAGACAAAGAAUGGGAAAAUGGUUGCAGUGAUAAGAAUAUUGCUGAUUUGAUUAAAGAGAAAUGUAGAGAGAGCAGUUCCAGCUCUGUGUUGCUGUCACCUGAGAUGAUAGAGCUUGAUGGUCAGAGUCAAGGUAGUGCUGAGGAUUCCUCUUCAUCAACUUCAAUGGGGUGGCCGGUUCAGGAAAUCUCCGAAUCAAACUGUACAAGUCCAUGUGGUAGUGAAGAUGCAGAGAAAAAGGACAUGGUUAAUGAGAUUUUUGAGGAGCAAGACCCUGUGUUACCAAUACAAGAGCUAGAGCUUGAAAUGAUGAAGGAGAGGUUUGCAAAGUUGUUACUUGGAGAAGACAUGUCAGGUUCUGGAAAUGGAGUCCCUACAGCCUUGGCUAUAUCCAAUGCCAUCACUAAUCUAUGUGCGACCCUCUUUGGGCAACUUUGGAGGUUGGAACCUUUGACACCAGAGAAAAAAGCAAUGUGGCGAAGAGAGAUGGAGUGGCUUCUUGGUGUCAGUGAUCAUAUUGUUGAACUGAAGCCUACUUGGCAAACAUUUCCUGAUGGAAGCAAGCUUGAGGUCAUGACUUGUAGACCUCGCUCAGAUCUUUACGUCAAUCUGCCAGCUCUGCGAAAAUUAGAUAACAUGCUACUCGAAAUACUAGAUGGUUUUGUGAAUCCAGAGUUCAGGUAUGUGGACCAAGGGGUUGUGGCCCCUGAUGCAGAUGGUUCAUCUUCUUUUCGCCAAGCCCUUCAGCGACUAGAGGAAAAAUGGUGGCUCCCUGUGCCUCAAGUCCCUCCAAGUGGUCUCCAUGAAAAUUCAAGAAAGCAGUUGCAGCACAAGAGGGAUUGCACAAACCAGAUAUUAAAAGCUGCAAUGGCCAUUAACAGCAUUACUUUAGCUGAUAUGGAGAUUCCUCACACUUACUUGGAGUCUCUUCCAAAGACUGCAAGAGCCAGCUUGGGGGAUGUCAUCUACAGAUAUAUUAUAACAGACAAUUUUUCUCCUGAGUGUUUGCUAGCUUGCCUUGAUUUAUCAUCUGAACAUCAAGCCAUAGAGAUUGCCAACAGAGUAGAGGCUUCCAUUUAUAUCUGGCGUAGAAAGACCAACACAAGGCCUACAGGUCGCACUACAAGAUCUAGUUCAAAAUCAUCAUGGGAAAUUUUAAGAGAUCUGAUUGUUGAGGGAGACAAAAGCGAAGUGCUUGCAGAAAGAGCAGAAAGCCUCCUGCUCUCCUUGAAGCAGCGUUUCCCCAGUCUCCCUCAAACAACCUUAGAUAUGAGCAAAAUCCAGUGCAACAAGGAUGUUGGGAAAUCCAUUCUGGAGAGUUACUCACGAGUACUAGAGAGUUUGGCAUCUAACAUUGUUGCACGCAUUGAUGAUGUGAUCUAUGUCGAUGACUUGACUAAACAUUCUGAUUCAUUCUCAUCUCUCUCAAAAGUUGGUGUAAUAGCACACAAGAGCAUUUCAGUUCCAUACUCGAGGCCUGGCCAAAAACCAUCUUUUGGCAAACAAAGCUUUUCUCCUGCACCAUGUGUAAGCCCUGCAAAGGGAUCAAAAUCACCAUUUACCAACACAAGCGACCUUCCCCAAAGAGAAGUUGGAGUUAAUAAAGUUUUGAAUGAUUUUGGUAGCACUGAGAGAAAAGAAAAGAACUAUGUCUUCUUUCCAAUGGAGAAGUUUAUUCCAACACUAAAAACAUUUGAUGAAGUGCCAGCAUCUGAAACAGAAAUGGAGUCAAGUGAUUGCACAGAAGAAGAUGUUCAGCUCAAUGUACUUGACCAGGCCUGGCUAGAGGAAAAGGAUGUUAAUUGA